AUGAGAGGUAAAAUACACAUGCUCGAGUUCCGGGUUAAUCUAGUUCAAUCAGGAACCCGCCACUCUCAACAUCUACGAUGUCUACUUAGAAAUGUUUCAACUUCAAAGCAGCUUCGUAGCGACGAGCUUGUUGUACAUAGAGACAAUCCUGAAAAUAAUCCAAAAACCCCUUUCGAAUUUAGUGAGGCAAACUUAAAUCGUUUGUGUGCAAUAAUUCAAAACUACCCGGAGGGGGCGCAGCGGUCGGCGUUAGGUGCUGCGUUGGACUUGGUUCAGAGACAAAUUGGAUGGAUCCCGAUAUCAGCCAUGCAUAAAGUAGCAGAGAUUCUAUCUUUACCAAGAAUGAGAGUUUAUGAAUUUGCAACUUUCUAUACAAUGUGUAAAAGGCGCAAUAGAGGAAAAUUUAAUGUUAAAGUUUGUGUAACCACACCGUGCAUGAUUCGCGGAUCCGAUAUUAUUUUGCAAGCGGUAGAGGUUGCGACGAAAUGUAAAACUGGGGGACUAUCUGAGGAUGGGGUUUUCGGAGUAGAUAUUGUCCAGUGUCAAGGAGCAUGUGCCAAUGCCCCAGUAAUGGUGGUCAACGAUGACUACUACGAGGAUUUAACUCUAGACAAUGUUUAUGAGAUAAUUAAUGCACUUAAAGCUGGAUGUAUACCACCACAAGGCCCCCAGAGCGGAAGAUUCUGUGCUGAGCCGUGUUGUGGUCAGGCAAGCUUAUUGGAACCACCACCGGCACCCGGAUUUAAGUUACAACCUGCGCUCGCAAAAUAA